CCGCUCCAUCUGCGUUGCAGAGAGCCUGUAAAUUUUGUCAACUACUCAAAAAUGGUCGGACACAGCCCUUCAAAACUCUUGAGGCCAAGAAGACUCGAAACUAACUAGAAACCGACAGAGGAAGUGCUUUUAGUUGGCCUUUUAUAUGCCACACGAGUUCCUGAUUCCAUCUGUUGCACAGAUGUAAAACAACAUGCUCUGCCACUGACUCGCAUCAAGAAGAUCAUGAAAGCAGAUCCCGAAGUUAAGAUGAUAAGUGCAGAGACACCUUAUCUCUUUUCAAGAGCCUGUGAGAUGCUGGUGCUGGACCUGACACUAAGAUCGUGGCUGCAUACGGAGGACUGCAACAGGAGAACCUUACAGAAGGGAGACAUAGUCACAGCAGUAGACCAUUCAGCUGACAUGGAUUUCUUGCUUGAUGUGCUUCCCAAGGAGCCAAUCGAUGAAGAAUUAGCAUGCGAUUUCUACACCAGAAACGAUGCCGCGAUGUACCCGUUGUCAGUGAUGAACUUGCCAUUUAUCCAUGAAGCGACAUCAUAUGGGCCAAAUACUUGUCUUCAAACCAUUCAAGGUCAUGUCUGUGAACCAGAAAGCGUCACUCCGUUCAUGGCGGCACGUCCUGAUCUUGCUUCCGAUCUACUUACAUAUGAUCCUCCAAAGGAAAAUGGAGGUUUAGAGGAAAUUGUUAUGACGCUCAUGGAAGCACAACCAUCCAUACCCUGCCCGUCAGUGUACGACCCUCCGAAAUCAUGAGCAGAGAGGCGGUGAGGUGAUGAAGAAAAAGAACAAGUCGGGAGAUGAGCAGAACUAGUCCAUCCUGGUUCAGUUUAGUACUUCAGCUUUCUUUGUCUGCAAACGCAAGGCUUUUCAGUGGCUGGAUAAGUGUAGGACAGGGACUGAUACUGGUUCACGGAAAACUGCAAUGCGAACUGUGCUGUAACUCAUGUUCAACUUGAUGCUUUUUAAGCAACAUUGUUGGUC